UUUUGCCAUUUAUUUCGAAACAAGAAUCUUCUUUUACUGUAUUUCUAAAGAAUUUCAAAGAAAAUUCCUUAUAAAUAUGAUACAUUCUUAAAUAACUUUUGUUCAUUGAAUUUGCUGAAGUAAAGUGACCUCUUUCCCGCGCUAAGUAUCCAGCGCGACUUUCGGCAGCUAGCACAUCGGGCUAACGUAACGUUACUGUCGCAAAACCAGAGUGUCGUGAUUUCUGGCCGCCCCCCUUGAACAUGGCGGCGGAGCUGCACCCGCGGAGCGGAAAGCUGAUCGGCCUCUCCAACUCGAACCGAACCGCCCGGCGAAACCAGCCAGUCCAAGAGUUCAACCACGGGCUCGUGCUCAGCAAGGAGCCGCUGAGGGACCGGGAUGUCUUCACCGUCCGGAUCGACAAGAAGGUGAACUCAUGGAGCGGUUCCAUUGAGAUCGGGGUGACAGCUCUGGACCCCGCCGCGCUGGACUUCCCCAGCAGCGCCACGGGCCUGAAGGGUGGCUCCUGGAUCGUGUCGGGCUGCUCUGUGCUCCGUGACGGCCGCUCCGUCCUGGAGGAGUACGGCCGCGACCUCGACCAGCUGGCGGAGGGCGACCGCGUGGGCAUUCAGCGCAACUCCCGGGGAGAGCUCCACCUCUGGGUGAACGGGCAGGACUGCGGCGCGGCCGCCAGCGGCCUGCCGCCUAGACUCUGGGCGGUGGUGGACCUGUACGGGAAGUGCACCCAGGUGACGGUGGUGAGCUGCGAGCCGCCUCCUGCAGAGAUGGAGAGAGAAACAAUAGAGCGAGAUGAGGAGGAGAAAGAAGAGGAGGAGGAGGAGGCGGAGGAGGAGUUGGUGGUGUGUGGUGCUCGGGAGAAUGGGGGGAUCGCAGCACUGAUGAAUGUGGCAGCAUUGAAUGAAGUGAUGAACGGAGAUGAAGUGCCUGAGCUGACCUGUAACCACAACAGACCAGACAAGUUCCCCAACAACCUGGAGCCCGACACAGUUCUCACAGAGCACCAGCUCUUCGACGUCUUCAACAAUGCAAUAGUAUCGUUUUAUCGCUCUGAAGAUGAGGGCGGAGGGGUAGAUGGGGGAGGAGGUGGGACAGGAGGAGGAGGAGGAGGUGUCGAGGGGGGAGGAGGAGGAAACGCAGGAUCCGAUUCCUCUUCCAGAGGCGACAGAGGGAGCAGCGGUGGAGGAGGCACGACACACAGUGACAGUGGGGGAGCUGCAGCAGCAGGAGGAGGAGACGGGAGCUCAAACAGCCCCGUCGGCAAUGGAGGGGCGGGGCUUGGAGCCGUGACAGGGAUGACCACCAAUGAUGCGUUGCUGUUCCACGAGAAGUGCGGCACCCUGAUCAAACUGAGCAACAACAACAAAACGGCGGAGAGGCGGAGACCGCUGGACGAGUUCAACAACGGCGUGGUGAUGACCAACCGGCCGCUGCGACACAACGAGAUGUUCGAGAUCCGCAUCGAUAAGCUGGUGGACAAAUGGUCGGGGUCGAUCGAGAUCGGUGUGACCACGCACAACCCCAACAACCUGGACUAUCCCGCAACUAUGACCAAUCUGCGCUCAGGUACAAUCAUGAUGAGUGGCUGUGGGAUUCUGACCAACGGGAAAGGAACCCGCAGAGAAUACUGUGAAUUCAGCCUAGACGAACUCCAGGAGGGCGAUCACAUAGGAUUGAUGCGUAAAGCCAGCGGCGCGCUGCAUUUCUACAUAAACGGCAUCGAUCAAGGUGUGGCUGCAGCUCAGACUCCGGCGGUGGUUUAUGGAGUGGUGGACCUCUACGGCAUGGCUGUCAAAGUCACUAUAGUCCACAACCACAACCACAGCGACCGCCUCAGGCGCAACAACGCCAUCAUGCGGGCUCUGUCGCCAGACGUGGGGCGAUCCCGGCCCGGCUUGUCGCUCACUCCGGACGCCGAGGCGCCCGACCGUCUCCUCUUUCACUCCAACUGUGGCCAGAAGGCCGCCAUCAUCUGCGAGGGCCGGACCGCGUUACGGCCGCAUGCGACCGACGAUUUUAACCACGGCGUGGUUCUGAGCAGUCGGCCGCUGCGCUCCAACGAAGUGUUCCAGGUGCGGAUUGACAAAAUGGUCGACAAGUGGGCGGGCUCCAUUGAAAUUGGAGUCACAACGCACAACCCCGCCUACCUGCAACUGCCCUCCACCAUGACCAAUCUACGCUCAGGGACGUGGAUGAUGACGGGGAACGGCGUGAUGCACAACGGGACGACCAUUUUAGACGAAUAUGGGCACAACCUGGAUCGACUCAAAGCAGGCGACACAGUCGGCGUCGUUCGGAAAGAAGACGGCAGCCUCCAUUUUUUCGUGAAUGGCGUGGCGCAGGGCCCCGCUGCCUGGAACGUGCCACCCAGCGUCUACGCUGUGGUUGACCUCUACGGUCAGGCGGCGCAGGCCACCAUCAUGGACGACAUGGACCUCCCCCCUCUGCCGGAGGACAGCUCCGAGGGCCCCACAGCCAUGUCCCCUGGCAGUCCCUGCUCAGUAGCUGGAGCCACAGCAACCAACGACCUGCGCUUCCACCACCUCCACGGCACCAACGCCGUCAUCACCAACGGCGGGCGCACCGCGCUGCGUCAGAACUGCCGCAGCGAGUUCAACGACGCGAUUGUUAUUUCCAACAGGUGCCUUCGAGAUGGAGAGCUGUUUGAAAUCGUCAUCCAGAAGAUGGUGGACCGCUGGUCAGGUUCAAUAGAAGCAGGAGUAACGGCCAUAAGGCCAGAGGAGCUGGAGUUUCCAAACACUAUGACUGAUAUCGAUUACGAUACUUGGAUGUUGAGUGGAACAGCCAUCAUGCAGGAUGGGAACACAAUGCGCAACAACUAUGGAUGUGAUUUGGACUCCCUAACUACGGGCUCUAGGAUAGGCAUGAUGCGCUCGUCCAGUGGCAACCUCCAUUAUUACAUAAACGGCGUGGAUCAAGGAGUCGCCUGCUCGGGUCUACCUCCAGAGGUGUACGCCGUGAUCGACCUAUACGGUCAGUGUGUUCAGGUGGCCAUCACCAACUCCUCCGGCCCGCUGGACAACAGCCUGUGUACCAGCAACAUCACAGAAAAGAGCUUCCCUAUCCACUCUCCAGUAGCAGGCGUCGCCCAUCGGCUGCACAGUAAACACGGUAAAAACGUGGUGCUGCUCGGCGAGGGCUGCCAGGCCGUCAGAGUGGGCGGGUACUCUCACGGCAUCGUGUUCAGCGGGAAGGAGCUCAAAGCCGACGAGUUAUUUGAGGUCAGGAUCGAUGAGGUGGACGAGCAGUGGUGCGGUUCGCUGCACAUCGGUCUGACCACGCUGGCCCCCCCGGAGCUGCCGUCCUGCCCGCUGUCGGGUCUCUCCCCUUCCCUCCCCCAGCUCCGCACCAAGGUUACCUGGCUGCUUUACGGAUCCGAGGUCCGUCGCAACGGCGUCCUGCAGCGCCAGAACUACUGCUAUUCGCUGGACCGGUUGAUGGUCGGGAACCGUGUGGGCGUGAAGAGAUGCAACGACGACACCAUGCACAUCUUCAUCAACGGGGAGGACAUGGGUCCUGCUGCUACUGCAGUGGCCAAGAACGUGUACGCUGUGUUGGACUUGUACGGGCGGAUAACGGCGGUUUCCAUCGUCAGUUCUUCGCUGGCGGAGGACACGGAAAGCGUCAAGGCGCCCUCGCUUUCUUCGGACAGCUGCAGCGAAGGCGAGGAAGACGGUACUCCUGUGAGAGAGGUGGAGAGAGAGUCGUGCGCUCCGGCGCCCACAAGCAUGGCCUUCCUGGAAAACCACGGCAAAAACAUCCAGCUUUCUAAUCAGAACCUGACAGCAGCCAGAGUAUCCAGCUACAACCAGGGGCUGCUUGUCACCGCCCAGCCGCUGGCCCGUCAGCUGCUGUUCCAGUUUCAGAUCGACCGUCUGAAUCCCUCGUGGACGUCAUCGCUGUCGUUAGGGGUGAUCGGCCACUCCCCCGACAGGCUGAACUUCCCCUCCACGGCGUGCUGUCUAAAACGCUCCGCCUGGCUGCUGCAGCGGGACUCCGUCUUCCACAACUCGCUGAAGAUAUGUGAGAACUACGGUCCAAACCUUGAUACUUGUCCGGAGGGGACGGUGUUGGGUCUGCUGGUGGAUGCCAACAGCUGCCUCCACCUCUACGUCAACGGCAUGGACCAGGGCGUGGCCGCACAGGACAUCCCCUCCCCCUGCUACCCCUUCAUCGACCUCUACGGCCAGUGUGAGCAGGUUACCAUAGUAACGAACAGUGUGUCAGCUGUGGGCGCUGAAAGCGGGGAGACUAGGUGUCAGGGCGAUAUGGAAAAGGCAGACAUGGUUGACGGAAUCAAAGAGAGCGUGUGCUGGACACCCCCUCCAGAGGUCAACCCCAACAAGACCUGCGAGUACCAGGCGCUGUGUUCCCGCUUCAAGGACCUGCUGACGUUACCAGACAGUUACUUCAGCGAAGACGGAAAGUACAACCUGUGCUACUGCGAGUCCUGCCACAAGCUCCGGGGCGACGAGGCGUAUUACAAAAGAGGAGAGCCGCCCCGGGACUACGCCCUGCCGUUCGGAUGGUGCCGCUUUGCUCUCAGGAUAAAGUCCCACUGUGACGUUUCUAAUGCACUCAAGAAGUGGCACAUCGCAUAUCACGGCACCAGCGUCGGAGCCCUGCGCCGCACACUGGACCACAGCCAGCUGCUGCCCGGGUCGUCGUCCGUGUUCUCGGUGUCUCCGGCGAAGGCGGAGGGGCCCAUCGACUACGGCGAACCGGAGGAGAACAGCGCCCCGGGCAGGGAGGUACCCAGAGUGCGGCUUUCCCCCACCAUGCGCUACUCGGGUUUGGAGACCUUUGCUCCUAAAGUGCAAUUUCGGGACCCCCGUUCUCACCGCUGUCACCAGGCCCAAGUGGGAUUCCAGGUGUGCGUGCGUCCGGGCUCCUACAAGGUGGGACCUCAUUCGCUCAGCAACGGCGAGCCGCUGGAUCCUCGCUUCAGUAACUCAGAGAUAGAGUGGAUCACGAAGGAGCAGGGCGGCACACUCCUCUACGGGCUGCUCAUCAGGAUCGAGUGAACCGCCGGCGCUUGGGUGGAGCGGCCCGGCCCGCUCAGCACCUCCAGGAACUUUUGAUAAACGGAAAACCAAAUCCAACCCACACCCUGAGGGACAGACUCACCUGGAAUCCAGCUGGUCCCAUUUAAGGAUUGUUGACAAUUUGGGGUUGUUUUGUUUCUUUUGGUUGUUCUCGGGUUCUUGCUGUUGCCGGGAGCUACAGCGGCUUCAAAGAACAAACACACACACACACACUGCCUGCACUUUAUGUUUUGGACAUUCAUGGGAGUCCCCCCCCCCCCCCCCCCUCCAGCCCUCUUCUCACCUUCAUCAGUGUCUGUAUUUUUAUUUUUAUGUUUAGCAUUUUUAUGUUUCGCCACCUCUGCUUCGGUCAGUGUUUGUUUCAUGGUCAGAUAAGUUACCACACCCGUCUGCACGUCACCAAACGAACACUUGAAACGACUCAAAUGUGACUUAAAUGGGGGGAGGAGGGGGGGGGGGUUAUGAUGAUGACAAAUCUUACCAUGAACCUUACAGUGUUCUGAUUGUGACUUUUAGAGGGGAUCUUUGAAAACUGGAGUGGAAAAGAGAUGUUUACACGCAUAGCACUGUAUGUUGCUGUUGUCACGCCUCCACAUGAACAGCAGCCUCACCUGGCAAACAGAAACCCUUCUUUGAGCUUUAAUACAGGCUCAACUGGAGGAAAUGUUGUUUUUUUUUUAUAAACAUCACAACGAAUUUCUUGGUAAGUUAUUUUAACUGACUUUUUUUUUUUUUUUGCUUCGACCAGGCCGUUAGUUAAAGAUUUUUAUGCAUUUUUUUCCAAGUUCCAACUACUCUUCCAAAAAGUUAAAUGAUUAUCAAUCUAAAAUAAUGUUUGCAAUAGUUUACAUAAAUUCCCUUUAAAUAGAAUUUGACUCUCCUUUAACACACAGACACAAAAAAUAUUUUUAAGGAAAACUUAAAGCAAAAAAGUUCUAAUAAGUUUGUAGUUUACGUAUUAAAUUGUUUCACUUUAAAGUGACUAAAUACAACAAACAAUUUUGCUUUUUUUUUUUAAUCAACACCCAUUUAGAUGUAAGCAGGUUGCCUAGCAACUGACGUAAGAGUCAGCUACAGCGAUUUAAAAAAAAAAGAAGCGUACUUAAAUGACCCCAAUUUUUCAUUUAUUUCUCGUAAUAACUGAAAAUAUAGAACGAUGCAUCUUUCCUUCCAGAUUUGACUAUACAGACCCUUUAUAAAAAAAAAUAUAGAUAUUACUUACCCCCCCCCCCCCCCCAAAAAAAAAUCUUUUUUUUCUCUCCAGAUGUCAGCGAGUUUUCCUCGUCAUCUGCAACGAUUGUAAGCGAAAAGCUAUCAGUUUGGUUGAUGAGCGAAAUCUGCCAAUUCAAGGCGUUUCACGCACAUUUCCGAUACGUUCGGAGGAUGAUUGACCUUCUCGGAGCAGCUGAUUUGACUGAUGGGGGAUCAUUGAAUUUUAGCAAAGGCAAAAAAAAAAAAAAGUUAAAACGUCCAGUCAGAAAAUGUGAAUUAUGUUAUUACAUUGCUUAUUUACAGCUCUGCGCUGCUUUGUACACUUUUUUUUCAGUAUGUUUUGUUGUAUAGGCUGUUACAUAACAAAUCAUAUCUUCCUGGUUUAUAAUAAAAAAUAAAGUGACAUUAUAAAAC